CACUGUGAAUGUGAAGCUCUCUGAAAAAGUUUUUCUGGUGAAAAUUGUUCGAUUUCGGCAAAAAAAAAAAAAACAUGGACGAGGCUAAGGGCGAUAAAACUAUGCGCUUUCUAUCGAUGAACAUCAAAGACUGCCUCGGCUGCAGCGAUGUAAGCGUGUCGUUCCCCCAAUCGAACAGCGUGCACGUGCUGCUGUACAAGCCGAUGGGGCAGGAGCAGGCCCGCGACACCGUCAAUGUGGCCGUGACGCCUGUGGCACAGGCCAUACAGCUGCUGUGCACUCGGACCUUUCCGGACGCCGAGAGCUUGGAGCGGCUGCCGCUGCUGGAGGUGGGACGCGGCAGCGUUUCCCUGCGCUUUCAGGUGUUGCAGCCCGCACCCUCGGAGGAGGACAGCGACAGCGACUUGGACCUGGAGCCGUCCACAUCGGCGCAGGCAAGAGUGCGUCUCGAGGAGCGGAAGAAACGCCACGAGGCGGCACGUAAUCGCAAGAAAAUCUUCGUAGUCGAAAAGGAGGUGAUGGUCGAGCGGCGAUUCGACGAUCCCCAGAGUCUGGACUGGGUCACCUUUACGGUGAACGGUGGCGAUAUCCUCAAAUGGCAGCUGGACGAGUUCCACGCUCAGUUCUUCGAGGAUCCCCAGUACUCGUCCAUCCAUCUGUGGGAUCUGCAGCACAAGUGCGCCGGCAAUUGGCUGCAGAUCAUCCGGCCGGACGGCAAUGGCUACAAAAACUUUCAGACCCCGGGCAAUCCUUUUGAGAUCUUUGCCAAGCUCUUCGUUCGCAAGGAGCUGGAUGAGGAGAAUUUGGUGUGCAAAUUGGCCGAAUCCUGUAUUACCGUCAACGAGGCCGUACUCCGCUCGGAGCGUCAGUUUGUGAUGCAGGUGUUCAACUAUGUGCGCGGCAUAUUCGAGUACAUCACCAUGAAGCAGUAUACGGUGUGGUUCCUGGUGCCCGGCGCCCAGGGCCCUCAAAGUCUGACCGAAGAGGAUCUCGACUUCGAUUUGCGUACUGUGCGCACUUCCAUCCGUAUUGCUGGCGACAACAGGAACAUCUUCUGGAGCCAGUCCGAUCACAAUGUCCAGAACUUGCUGAUGGUCUCCUUCCAGUUGGCCCUGAGCAGCAUUGCCAAGCAAUCGGUGCUGAUUAUCAGCCAUUUGGAUAAGGUUUGCACUGUUCGACAUACGUUCGCUAUCUGCAUCAAACGAAUUUUCAUGCCGGCCCACGAGCACUCGUGAGUAUCCUUAGACAGCGCAUUUGGAUAGUGAAUGCUCAGGCGGUCUGCAGGGCGACA